AUGCUUAACAAACUCAUUUUGGACGUUUUUGUAACGGCUAGGUCAAGUCUCGCGCCAUGGCAUGCCUUGAAGCGCGCCAUGACGUGUUUUUUGGAACCAUGGGUUAUACAGAAAAAGAUCAAUAAUGUUUUUGGGUGUAUGCGCUCGAAAGGAAUUUCAUCAAAUGAGUAUAUAGAGAAAGAAUCAAAUAGAUCAUCUAAACUUUUUCUCUAUUCUUCAAGAAUGGAUGAAGUUGCAGUGGAGGUUGAUAAUGGCGGCAAUGAAGCUACUACUAGGCUUAGUUCAGAGGGAAUUUCAACAAAUGGGUUGUGUUUGUGGCAAACUUUCUAUGACAUCCCAUAAUUUAGGUCAGACUGUGAAAAAUUAAUUUACAAUAAAUCUCUUUGUAAUUUGACUCAUUUAGAUUUAGUGCAUAUAAUGUAAAAUAAAUGAGUUCAUUUCAAAUAUUAUAAGAUACCAG